UCCUACGGCGAGACAAGUAGAGUAUGUCUUCGGUGGAGGUAGGGGAUCUAUCGAAGCUGUUUCUCUGAUAUCUCAAACUUCCAUCUACAGUAUUUUCUUUUUCUUUUUUUUUUCAGAUUUCAGGUGUUGCAGUGGAAUCCAUGGACGCCCUGCCGGUGCCGGUGCCGGAGAAGCUGUCGCCGGAGACGAGGGACUGGUCGGAGCUGCCGUUGGACGCGCUCUCCGUCGUCUUCGGCAAGCUGCCGCGCCAUCGAGGUCCUCAUGGGCGCCGGCCUCGUGUGCCACUCGUGGCUCCAAGCUGCCAAGCUGCCUCACCUAUGGCGAUGCGUCGACAUGUCGCACUCGCACCCCCGGGACGUGUCGCGGAGAAAUUGCGCCAUGGCGAAGGUCGCCGUGGACCGCUCCGGCGGGAAGCUCGAGGUGUUCAAGGGGAAGAGGUUUGUUACCAAUAAUCUCCUCACCUAUGUCGCAGACAGGUCACCUUGUCUGAAGUGUCUUUACCUCGAGUCAUGCACAAGUGUCUCCAACAAAGGACUCACCGAGCUCAUCACGAAAUGUCCGAUGCUAGAGGACUUGACGCUCUACAGCUGCAGAAAUAUCGACGGCGACGUCUUCGUGGUCGCCGGCAAGGCGUGCCGUCGCAUGAAGCGUCUCCACGUACGCUGGUGCGGAGCGUUACCUGCCUACUUCGACGGCGACGAGCCGGUCGGGAUCGCGACGAUGCGCGAGCUGCGACACCUGACGCUCGAAGGCAUCGGCGUCAGCCAGGAGAAGCUGAUGGCCAUUGUCGAUGGCUGCCCUCAGCUGGAUCUCCUCCACGUGAGCGGGUGCCCCGGCCUCGCCGCCGUCGACGACGCCCUGCAAGCCAAGUGCGCCGGCAUCAAGUCGUUGACGCUUCGCCCCUACCAGGAACUGGAAGUCUGGAAGUGACCAGAUUGGGGUGAUUUUCAGCUCUCUCCUCGAGAGUUUAGAAUACACUACUAUAAAAAUGGUAAACGGUGCCGGUUGGAAAACUCUAAUAGGUGCCGGUUUUUCCAACCGGCACAAUGAAGGCGGCACAGAUGAGUGAUCCGGCACAAAUCACAUUUUCAGAACCGGCACCUUUAGACCACUCGCGAGCCAAAAAAAAAAAAAAGCUCGACACAUCGGCUCAAAUCGAGCCGAUGCAUCGAGCUCAUCCCCAAUCCCUAAUCCACGAUCAUUCGCAGAAAAGAACUUCACAGAAAUCAUUCACAAAACAUUGAUCAAAGAAAUCAUCACAGAAAAUGGUUGCUGCCGGACCGCCAGAUCCGACGGACGGAGGGCGCCGCCUCCAGGCCACCACCGCCUCUCGUCCCAUCGCCGCAUCCCCCCUCCCUUCCGCCGCCGC